CAUACUAAACAACAUUUAUUUUCGUCCGUACUAUUCGCGUGCGGUUUUCGAGUGCGACCAGCUGGAUUCGCUGGUGAUGCUCGCGGUUUUUGUGUUGGGGGAAUUUCGGUGCCCGAAUCCAAAGCCUUGUCCUGUUUGGUAAAUACGACCUUCACGACCAAUGCGCGUUGGCGGAUAGCGCGUAGGUUGAUCCAAACUAGCCAGGCGUGGGCAAAUGUUCAGUUUCCGCUCGGUUCAGUUUCACCGUGCACCGUGUAGUGCUACCGUUACAGUUUCUAAGCAGCCAUCAAACAGUUGUUGUUAAGUUAUAACGUAAGAUUGGCCAAGAUCAUCUAACAGUGCUAACGAGCAAAAGCAACUACAACAAGGGCAGCAGCAAGGAACGGAACUGAAACUUCCAAUCUGCCCGUUCCGGAUUCACCAUUCACUUUCGGUUCCCUUCAACCGUCGCCCAUUCAACCCACGCCGUAACCGUUGUAGCAGUAGCGUCAACUUUGAGCAAAAACCCCAACGAUGCCUAUCUUGAAGAAAUAUACCCAAAAACCGGGCGUAACAACUCGUCGUUGCACUGCUAUGCAAAGCGAGCAAGCGAGCGCCACUAAUACCAACCAGCAGCAACCAGAGACCAAGCAGCCCGGUACGGUAGGUGGUCGUGGGCGAUCAAGUCAACCGAGUUUGGCCGAAGCGAAGAAGCAGGGCAAGAAAAGGAUGAGCGCGAAUCGGCGGCAAAGUGAGGAACCGGCGUUCCAGGAUCAGCAGCUGCUGGACAUCUACCAGAAUGCGAUCAGCUCGAGCGAAAGGCCACGGUUUGCGACGGGCGUCGUGUACGACGAUCGAUUCCUCCUGCACCGCUGCCUGUGGGAUCCGAACUACCCCGAGUGCCCGGAACGGUACCUGGAGGUGAUGAAGCGAAUAGAGAUCGAGCAACUGAUCGACCGGUGCACGUUCGUACGGCCACGGCUGGCCACCGAGGAGGAGAUACGGCUCAAGCAUACGCAGCAGCACCUGGAAACGCUGAAAGCGACACGCGGCUCCCUAGAUAAGGUGCAGCUAGAGGAUCUAAGCUCGCACUACGACGCCAUCUUCAUCCAUCCGGGAUCGUACGAGACAAGCCUGCUGUCGGUGGGUAGCACGAUGGCACUCGUCGAAGCCGUUUGCAAGGGCGAGAUCCAGAACGGAAUGGCCAUAGUACGGCCACCCGGCCAUCACGCCAUGACCGCCGAGUUCAACGGGUAUUGCUUCUUCAACAACGUCGCGAUUGCCGCCCAGCACGCGCUCGAUAAGCUCGGAUUCAGCCGGAUCCUCAUCGUCGAUUGGGAUGUGCACCACGGGCAGGGCACGCAGCGGAUGUUCUACUCCGAUCCGAGGGUGCUGUACUUCUCCAUCCACCGCUACGAGCACGGUACCUUUUGGCCCAACCUGCGCGAAUCAGACUUCGACUUUGUCGGCUCUGGUAAGGGCGAGGGCUUCAACUUCAAUGUCCCCCUGAACGCUAUCGGAAUGGAAAAUGCGGACUACCUCGCCAUCUGGCACCAGCUACUAUUACCGGUCGCUACCGAGUUCAAUCCGGAGCUGAUAAUCGUAUCUGCCGGCUACGAUGCCGCAUUCGGCUGCCCAGAGGGCAUGAUGAACAUAACGCCUGCAUUCUACGCACACCUGCUAAGCCCGCUGCUGUCGCUGGCACAGGGCCGGGUAGCGGUGGUACUGGAGGGGGGCUACUGCCUGGAAUCGCUGGCCGAGGCAAGCAUGCACACUCUCAAAACGCUGCUCGGCGAUCCGUGCUCCAAGCUGGCCGACCCGCUGACGGCACCGUGCGCGAGCAUCCGCGAAACGAUACUGAACUGCAUCGCCAGCCAUCGAAGCUACUGGAAGAGCCUGCAGCUAAACGAGCUGUACAAUGUGGAGGAUUACAACAAUGUAACCCCGCAAGAAAACUUCCACAAGCUGCCCGAGUACAGGUUCGAACCGGAACCGCCACGAUCCAGUGAGGCUCGCUACGAAACGCGUAACUGCUAUCCGGUGCAGUCGGUAGACGAGCGGAAGCGAAUCCACGACCGGCUGGUACAGUUGCGUCUGGCAACGGAUCUAAGCUACCCGGCCGAACGGCUUUGCUACGUAUACGAUGAGGCUAUGCUCGAGCACCAAAACAUCAGCGAUGCGCUACAUCCGGAAUGUCCGGCCCGUAUAGCGAACAUAUAUCAGCGGCUCGUAGACGACUACCAGUUGGCGAAACGGAUGAAGCGGGUCGCGACCAUGCCGGCAACGGUGGACGAACUGUGCCUCGCGCACGAUCGCGAGCACGUGGAGCGGAUGCACGCGAUCGGCGAGCACUCGGCUGAGCUGAAAGCGCUGGCAGAAUCGUACAAUUCCGUCUACCUGCAUCCGAGCACGUUCACUAGCGCUGCGAUGGCCGCCGGCUCGGUGGUUCAGGUUGUUCACGAGGUGAUGAGUGGGUGUAGCCGCGCCGGACUGUGCAUCGUGCGGCCACCGGGCCAUCACGCCGAACCGAACGAACCGCAUGGGUUCUGUAUCUUCAACAAUGUGGCUGUCGCAGCCCGGGUCGCACUCGAGCAGCACCAUCUGAAACGGGUGCUGAUUGUCGACUGGGACGUGCACCAUGGCAAUGGGACGCAGCACAUCUUUGAGGAGGAUCCCCGCGUGCUGUACAUCUCGGUGCACCGCUACGAUAACGGAACGUUCUUCCCGCGCGGUACCGACGGGAACUAUACGAUGGUCGGUCAUGGCAAGGGGGCCGGGUUCACCGUGAACGUACCCUGGAACCACAAGUCGAUGGGCGACCUAGAGUAUAUGGCCGCCUUCACCUCGGUCAUCCUGCCCAUCGCGUACGAGUUCGACCCGGAGCUGGUGCUGGUAUCGGCCGGGUUCGAUGCGGCAAUCGGUGACCCGCUCGGCGGUUGCCGCGUCACACCGGAAGCGUACGGUUACUUCACGCAGUGGCUCUCGUCAUUGGCCGGCGGGCGCAUCAUCGUCUGCCUCGAAGGCGGCUACAACGUGAACACGAUCUCGCACGCAAUGGCCAUGUGCGCGAAGGCGCUGCUCGGCGAUCCGUUGCCAAUGCUGCAAGCGAUCACACCCCAACACCAGUCGGCCACGGUGACGGCUUCGUGCUAUGAAACGCUACGGAAUGUCAUUGCGGUGCAGAGCAAGCACUGGAGUGCGUUAUGUUUCGGCAACCAGAAGCUGCCAAACUUCAGCAGCAGCUUCGAGCUUAGCGCUAUGCUGAAGAAUGUCACCCUAAGCGAGCGGAGCGGUGGCGGCGGCGACGGCGGUGGCGACGGAGCGAACCCACUACCCUCGACAGCAGCUGGUUCCAGUGGCUCAGGAGAUGGCCCUUCCGGGACGGCGAGCACGUCCACAUCGAAGCAGACGCUUACCGAGUUUCUCCGAGAAAACAUGCAGGCACUUGAAAACGAAGAAAUGUUUGCCAUCGUCCCCAAGCAGGACUGUCCCCAUUUGAAGCUGCUGCAAUCUGAGACGAUCCCUGCUACAUUUUUAAAUCACCUCACCGCACCCUGCACCAACUGCGGUUCGCGGUCCGAGAACUGGAUGUGCCUGAUCUGCUAUGGCAUCUACUGCGGACGGUACGUCGGUCAGCACAUGGUACAGCACAGUACCGACACGCCCCACCACCCGAUCGCCAUCAGCUUUAGUGAUCUGUCCGUAUGGUGUUACGGUUGCGACAGCUACAUCGACAAUGUGGCGCUCCAUCCCUACAAAACGCUAGUCCAUAUGGCCAAGUUCGGCGAACCGUUUCACUGGUCGUACGGCAGCAACGUGUCGCUGGAGGUGGUACGAACAGACGGCGGCGCAGGGGACGCACAGGGUCAGCCAUCGCGCUCAACCGAUUGAUAUUCGAACACCUCCAGGAUACUGUUCCGUGUGCUUGUGCUAAUUUUAUUGAAGCACAUGCUGAUCGCUUACUUCAAGUAGGGCUAGAGGUGCCAAGUGUUAAUAAUACACAUUCCCGUUUAUUCUGCUGCUAUCUGAAGCUACACGCGUUUUGGCAGCAGUUGUAACCAAUGAUCGAGGCGUGUGUUUGCAUGUUACUCCUAGUUAAAACCAUGUUGUGUCACCUUACCUUAUCGAGUUACUGUGCUCAGAUGUAUUACAAAUAAUUAAAUGAAAAAAAGAGAAGGAAAACAACGAUCCAAAUGCAAAUAGAACUUAACAGAUUGUUAGGGAAAAAGCACACUACUCACUGCGAAACUAAAACAAGCACAGUAACAGUAACAAUCCAGGGCGCCCGCAGGAUUAACUAAAGAGCAAUAAAUCGUAUCCUAAUCCAAUUCAA